UUAUGGAUGGCUCCACGACUUGGGUGUCACUCCUGUCCCCAGUUAAAAUAGCCAACUGUCGUGAACAAUGACUUCAGUUGCAGCAUGCAUAUUCAUUUGAUGAAUCAGUUAUUGCAAAGGACAAGGAGGUCGGAAGAACUAGCGCAUGAAUACACUGAAGUAAAGAACACGAAUGAGAAGUUCGGUGACUGCCGCGUCUCUUCUGUGCAAUCCAGAAUAAGAAGCUAUGGCACUAGACUGUACAUCGCUGACAAAACUAACCCUUGUUUUAUGUGUGGCAGCCCAUGGCUUUCCCCCAGUGAGCGGCUGCAGCGGUGCCUAUGGAAGGGCCAUCUCUGACUUCUGUGUGACCAAGUUCACUGUGGACAUGGAGGCCCUGGACCAGAGGCUGUGGUGCAGCUGGCCCGACACCUUUCAGCCUUACGAGGAACUGACCAACUGCACAUUUUUCGUGGCCCUCAAGAUGCACUGCUUCUGGCCCAACCGGCUGAUAGACGAACUCUUCAUCCGCCUCCACCGGGACUACUUUCAUGACUGCGCUCUGACCGGCAGGCUGCUUCGCGACCCUCCUAUAAGUAUCCUGGGGACUUUCAUUGGAGUGCCUGUGCUGGUCACUCUGCUCAUGACUGCCCUAGUAGUGUGGAGGGGUAAACGCUGUCAGGGAAUCGUGUAACUGUCUCAUCCUGGGUGAAGGUGCCCCUGGGUACAGAAUACAGAUCUAGAAUCAGUUUGCCCUGCCAAAAUUCUAACCUGAACCAUUAGCGGAGGAAACACAAAACUGACCCGAGUCCAGCUUCUAGGGAUCAACCUGAGCUCUUGGAGAUGUUUGUUUGAUAACAUAGACAUGAUGGAGGGGACACUGAACUGGGACAAAUGACAAGCAGAGAUACCCAACAGCAUACUAAGACUGUGAUCUCUCUGUGAUGUUUGUUAUUUGAUGGACUCUGGUAGUAUGGUUGAAGGACCUUUCAGAAGCCUACUUCUGAAACAAAGCAAAGGCUAUUUAAGCUUGUACUGUGGCUCAUCAAUAGCUCUAGAACUUCCAAUUGAAAACAUGCAUUGUAUUGUUGUAAACCACAAAUUGGCCAACCAAGAGAGGGCUAAUGUGGGGUAGGGCAGGGAGUAUAGUAUUGGUAGAGUGUAUGACCUUCUAUGUCAAAAUCAAUGCAAUGACAUCUAUAAUGUAGCUUUGGGCAUAUUGGACACCAGCCAAAGUAUUUACAUGAACUGAUUGGAUGUAUAUAAAGUGUUUCACAGAAAAGGCUUUAUUUGAUUUAGAUCUCCAUGCCCAGUAGCCACGCCCUUUAAUAAAAAACAAACAUUAAUAUACUUUA